GCCGCCGUCCUAUGCUCUGUCGGCGAGUUCGCGAGUCGCGAGUCAACACCGCGGAGACAGCGAGCGAGCUGGCGUGUUUGUCUCGCCAGGUAGGUCAGACAGCGUCCGAAUCAGUGGACGUGGCCUUGCGAAACCCGCGGCCGCAGACGCCCAAGCCACCCUGCGGAGGCCAUUUCAGCGGCGUCAGGUGCCAGGUGCCAGGCAGCUUCCCCUCAAAGCAGUGCAGUGCGUCUAGCUCUCGUCAACAACAGAAUAUGAACAUAUCGAACUUAUGAUCCAAGGAGCUGCAAUGAGGAUUAAAGGGGACGAUGCAGGUCCCUCAUCUCCAUCAGCGACCUCGUCAGUUGAAUUUGAUGAGAUGAUGGAGGCUGACAACGAGUCUCUGCGAGAGAGGGUGGCCGCUCUGGAGCAGAAGGCGCUGACGCAGACUGACGAGAUCGUGUGCCUGCGAUCAACGCUGGCCGACGUGCUGCGUCGCGUCAACUUGCUCGAGGGCCAGCUGGCCUCCGCCGGCGGCAGCCUACCCUUUCGAUUGCAGCCCCAGGUGCAGACCGGCGCGGCCAGAAAUGGACCAGUCAGAGUGUCUGUGAGCGGCCCGAAGGAGAGCCCAGGGCCGCGUCUGCGUCCGCAGCCGGGCAUGCGGUUGCCGUCGCAGCUGCCGCAGCGGCGCGCCGUCCACUACCAGAGCACCGGCUCUCUGCACUCGGACUCGCCGUCCUCAGCGUCCGGCGGCGGUUCUCCGUCGCCGUCGCCCACGCACACGCCGCAGCAGAGUGCGUCGCCGGCGCCCCCUUCGCGCUCAUCGGGCCCGACCCCCACGCCGCAGUCUCCGGGCCACCGCGCGGCCGCCCUCUCCAGCCUCAGCCUAGCCAAGCGCUGGAGUUCAACGGGCGACUUCAACGGAAGCAGUGCUUGCUCGCCGCUCACCUCGCCGCACAGUCCGAUGGCUGCCGCCUCCAGAUUAGCGACCAAGUCCUUGUUUAACCUGUACAUGAAGCCAGCCAAUCCACAACAGUACAAUCACAACAACACUUACAAGCAUGGCGUGCGCGACGCGAUUUACAACGAGGAGGAUGGCUACGUGCGCAUGUUCCUCCGCGGCCGUCCCGUCAUCCUGCACGCACCCUCGGACGUGGCCCCCUCGUUCGAGAUCACCAAGGUGGCCACGGCGCCGCAGCAACGCCUCAAACUCGAAUGGGUAUAUGGCUACAGGGGCCGCGACUGCCGUUCCAACGUGUUUAUGCUGCCCACGGGCGAAGUGGUGUACUUCAUCGCGGCCGCCGUCGUGCUGCUCAACAUUGACGAGCAGUCCCAGCGGCACUACCUGGGACACACGGACGACGUGAAAAGUUUGGCCAUCCACCCUAACAAGUUGCUCGUCGCCAGCGGCCAGACGGCAGGCCACGACAGAAAAGAUGGCAGGUCUUGGAGGUUGAAUCCGCCCCCGGACAUUACUGCGCCAGAGGCAGACUACUGGCCUCACGUCCGCAUCUGGAACUCCGUGAGUCUUCAAACUCUGCACGUUAUUGGUAUCGGCGACUUUGAGCGGUCAAUUUGCUGCCUGAGUUUUUCAAAAACCGACGGAGGCGCUUUGCUGUGUGCUGUUGACGAAGCGCCAGACCACAACAUUUCAGUCUGGGACUGGCAAAAAGGAGAGAGAGGUCACAAAAUCUCAGAAACCAAGUGUUCAAAUGAUACUGUCGUUGCUGCCGAGUGGCACCCCGUCGACCGGGGCGUCAUUGUAACGUGUGGGAAGUCGCACAUUGCCUUCUGGACGCACGAGCUCGGCGGAACGCUGAUAAAGAGGAACGGAAUCUUUGAGGGCCGCGAAAAGCCCAAAUACGUCACUUGCCUCGCUUUCUCCCAAAACGGAGAGGUACUUUCUGGCGACUCCAACGGACACAUUAUCGUUUGGGUUCGAGGAGGCAACACGGUGUCCAAGGUGGUGAGAGGCGUGCACGAAGGCUCAGUAUUCUGUUUGGCCGUGACUAACGAGGGCCAGGUGAUAUCGGGAGGAGGCAAAGACCGGCGGAUCGUGCAGCUGGACCACUCGCUGAGCUCGAGCGGCGCCAGCGCGCAGCUGUCGGACGAGCUGGGUGGUGUGCGCGCCGUGGCCGUGGGCCGUGGCGGCCGCCUCGUCGUCGGCACGACCAAGAACUGCCUGGCGGCCGGCUCGCUGGCCUCUGGUAUGGCGGCCGUCGCGAUCGGCCACACGGAGGAGGUGUGGGCGCUGGCCGCGCACCCAUCGCUGCCGCAGUUUGUGUCCGGAGGGCAUGACUGCUGCGUCCGCCUCUGGGACAGCCAGUCGCGGUCCGUCGUGUGGAGCUCAGACCUGCCUGAGCGGCUGCAGUCGGCCGCCUUUUCGCCCGAUGGCACGGUGCUCGUGCUCGGACUCUGCAGUGGCCGCUGGCUCGUGCUACACGCUGAAACCAGAGAGCUGCUGGUCCAGAUGGUCGAUGGGAAUGAGCCUAUCCAGGUGGUAAAGUUUUCACCAAACGGCAAACUCUGCGCGCUUGGCUCCAGGGAUAACAACAUUUACGUGUACCAGGCCAGCGAUGAGUAUAGGAAGUUUGAGCGAAUAGGUCGUUGUGUGCCUGAACGAAAGCGCAAGCGAAGCGCCUCUCUUCUAGCGUUGCUGGGUCACUCAAGUUUCAUCACACAUCUUGACUGGUCCGAAGACGGCUGCUAUCUCCAGAGCAACUCUGGCGACUAUGAGCUCCUCUAUUGGAACGCAAGUACCUGUAGACAGGUGACCCACAGCAGCGAUAUGCGCGACGUGUCCUGGGCCACUCUAAGCUGUCCUCUCAACUUCUCGACCCUGGGCGUUUGGCCCGAAGGUGCGGACGGCACUGACGUCAACAGUUGCGAACGCUCACACAGCGGGAAGCUGCUCGCGACUGCUGACGACUUUGGCAAAGUCAAACUCUACGCGUACCCAGCUUGCCAGCCAAGAUCCUUGUGCCACACUUACGGCGGCCACAGCAGUCACGUCACAGCUGUCCGUUUCCUGAACGAAGACUCGAGGCUCAUCUCAACUGGAGGCAACGACAACAGCAUCAUGCAGUGGAUGGUGUGCUGAAGCAAUCUCUGCGAUGGGUCAGACGCUGAGUGAUCUAAAUCUUUAGUGUUGGUGAUUUUUUAAACUAUGAGUUGCUGUGCUACCUGAGGCAGCACGCGAAGAGUUAAGAUUUUUCUAUUAAUUUUGAGCUGUAUUGAGUUGAUUGGUGACCUCAAGUUAUUUAUUCUAUUAAUAACCAAAUAUAUUGUUAACAUAAUUUGUAGUUCUUGAGCCGAAAAUCACUGAAAUGAACUAAGAAAACUUAAUACAGUAAUGGGCUGUAGAGGGACUGCUGCUAAAUUAUUUUCACUGGGAGUUUGUGCUAAUGAAACACGUCCUUUUUCGUGUAGCUACGUAAUUACGUACCCAUGGAGAAUGCGAUACCGUAUUGUAUUAUGAUGCUUGUUGGUGUGCAUUUUUUGACAAUAUAAUAGCGCAUCAUCAUUGUGAAGGUAUUCUGAAAAUACGAAUAAAUUCGAAUUUUGAAUAUUCUCA